CCCGCCCCUGCUCCCUGGGACAAUUCUCCUGGGGACUGGACCUCCGGCAGCCACUUCUCUUAAGGUGGGAUGGAUAGCAGGGUCUCAGGCACAACCAGUAAUGGAGAGACGAAACCAGUGUAUCCAGUCGUGGAAAAGGCGGAGGAAGAUGGCACGCUGGAGCGGGGACACUGGAACAACAAGAUGGAGUUUGUGCUGUCAGUGGUUGGGGAGAUCAUUGGCUUAGGCAACGUUUGGAGGUUUCCUUAUCUGUGCUACAAAAAUGGGGGAGGUGCCUUCUUCAUCCCCUACCUCAUCUUCCUCUUCACCUGCGGCAUUCCUGUCUUCCUCUUGGAGACAGCACUGGGCCAGUACACUAGCCAGGGCGGCGUCACAGCCUGGAGGAAGAUCUGUCCCCUCUUUGAGGGCAUCGGCUAUGCCUCCCAGAUGAUCGUCGUCCUCCUCAACGUCUACUACAUCAUUGUACUGGCCUGGGCCCUCUUCUACCUCUUCAGCAGCUUCACUCUUGACCUGCCCUGGGGAAGCUGCCACCACGAGUGGAAUACAGAGCACUGCGUGGAGUUCCAGAAGACAAACGGCUCCCUGAAUGUCACGUCUGAGAACGCCACCUCCCCUGUCAUCGAGUUCUGGGAGAGGAGGGUCCUGAAGAUCUCAGAUGGCAUCCAGCACCUGGGGGCCCUGCGCUGGGAGCUGGUCCUGUGCCUCCUGCUCGCCUGGGUCAUCUGCUACUUCUGCAUCUGGAAGGGCGUCAAGUCCACGGGCAAGGUGGUGUACUUCACAGCCACGUUCCCUUACCUCAUGUUGGUGGUCCUGCUAAUUCGUGGGGUGACGCUGCCUGGAGCGGCCCAAGGAAUUCAGUUUUACCUGUACCCAAACCUCACUCGCCUGUGGGAUCCCCAGGUGUGGAUGGACGCGGGCACCCAGAUCUUCUUCUCCUUCGCCAUCUGUCUGGGCUGCCUGACGGCCUUGGGCAGCUACAACAAGUACCACAACAACUGCUACCGGGACUGCCUGGCCCUCUGCCUCCUCAACAGCGGCACCAGCUUCGUGGCCGGCUUUGCCAUCUUCUCCAUCCUGGGCUUCAUGUCUCAGGAGCAGGGGGUGCCCAUUUCCGAGGUGGCCGAGUCAGGACCUGGCCUGGCUUUCAUCGCCUACCCGCGGGCGGUGGUGAUGCUGCCCUUCUCCCCUCUCUGGGCCUGCUGCUUCUUCUUCAUGGUCGUUCUCCUGGGACUGGACAGCCAGUUUGUGUGUGUAGAGAGCCUGGUGACGGCGCUGGUGGACAUGUACCCUGGCCUGUUCCGCAAGAAAAACCGCAGGGAGUUCCUCAUCCUGGCCGUGUCUGUCGCCUCCUUCCUCGUGGGCCUGGUUAUGCUCACAGAGGGCGGCAUGUAUGUCUUCCAGCUGUUUGACUACUACGCAGCCAGCGGCAUGUGCCUGCUCUUCGUGGCCAUCUUUGAGUCCUUCUGUGUGGCUUGGGUUUACGGAGCCAGGCGCUUCUACGACAACAUCGAGCACAUGAUUGGAUACCGGCCAUGGCCCCUCAUCAAGUACUGCUGGCUCUUCUUCACCCCGGCUGUGUGCACGGGCACCUUCCUCUUCUCCUUGAUCAAGUACACGCCCUUGACCUACAACAAGAAGUACACGUACCCCUGGUGGGGCGACGCCCUGGGCUGGCUCCUGGCUCUGUCCUCCAUGGUCUGCAUCCCCGCCUGGGGCCUCUACAAACUCAGCACCCUCAAGGGCCCCUUCCGAGAGAGACUCCGCCAGCUUGUGUGCCCAGCUGAGGACCUGCCCCAGAGGAGCCCAGCAGUACCCCCUGCUCCUGCCACACCCAGGACGUCCCUUCUCAGAGUCACAGAACUGGAGUCUCACUGCUAGGGCCAGGCCCUCUGAGGGUGCCUGCCGGCUGCGGGAACAGCUGCGGGGGUGUGUUUGCGUGAGCAGAGGCAGCCCCCCGACGUGGGGCGGAUAAGACACAAGGGGCUGUUCUGGAGCUGGCCCUGUUGGUUGGAAGCUCCCUGGCCCGGGAGUGGCGGGGACAGACAGGAAAUGCCGGUGUCAGGAGCAUCCCUUUGGCCGGGCCAGGAGGCUGGGCGAGGGCUGCAGGGGAGGCAGUGUGUGUGUGUGGCUGGCCUCUGGGCCCUCCUGCCUGUCGUUCCAUUAAAUCCAAGUCCUUCCCGCG